UGGCAGGGGAAGUCUCGUGAGAGCUGGGGCCCGGAAGACGGUAGUGGGAGCGGUGGGAGGUGGUUGAGGGGGAGGAGGAGCCGAAGGGCGGCGGUGAGGGAGCUGCUACUGCCGCCGGCGGCCGCGCCUGCAGCAGCGGAGGGGGCUGGCGGCGUCCCCGGCCGUGCUCGAAGGGGCUGCGGCGGCGCCGCGCGGUCUCGGCCGCGGUAGUGCCUCGGCAGCGGCAGCGCCGGGUCGGGCUGUAAGAUGGCGGCGGCGGGCGGGGGUAGUAGCGUGAACCCCUUCCUCAGCGACUCGGAGGAGGACGAGCCCGAGGAGUCCAGGCCCGGCGGCGGCGGCAGCAGCAGCAGCAGCAGCAACGAUCCGGGCGGGCCGCCGUCCCCGCAGCAGCCGCAGGAGGCGGCGGCGGCCGCGGGGAGCCCCGAGGCGCUGCCCGGCUUGCGCGCGGCGGCGCCGGGCGAUGCCGGCGGCGGCGCGGGGGCGGGUGGCGGCGGUGCGGGGGAGCCGCCGCGGGUGUCCAUGGACGCGCUGGCGGCGCAGCUGCUGCGGGACCAGUUCCUGCUGACGGCGCUGGAGUUGCACACGGAGCUGCUGGAGAGCGGCCGGGAGCUGCCCCGCCUCCGCGACUACUUCUCCAACCCGGGCAACUUCGAGCGGCAGAGCGGCACGCCGCCCGCUGCCGGGGGCCUGGGCGGCCUGGGCGGCGGCGUGCUCGGCGGGGCCGCCGGCGGCGGCAGGGAGCCCGGGGCCGGGCAGCUCAAUCGUGCUGGAAGCAUCAGUACUCUUGAUUCCUUAGAUUUUGCAAGAUAUUCUGAUGACGGCAAUAGGGAAGCAGACGAAAGAGUAGCAGUCCUGGAGUUUGAACUACGGAAAGCCAAGGAGACCAUUCAGGCCCUCCGAGCCAACCUGACUCAGGCUGCAGAAAAUGAAGUUCCUUUGCAGGAACGAAAAAAUUAUAAAUCAAGUCCUGAAAUUCAGGAGCCAAUCAGACCUCUUGAGAAAAGAGCUCUAAACUUCCUAGUUAAUGAGUUUUUGUUGAAGAACAGUUAUAAGCUUACAUCAAUAACAUUUUCAGAUGAAAAUCAUGAUCAGGAUUUUGAACUGUGGGAUGAUGUAGGACUGAACAUUCCAAAACCUCCUGACCUGUUACAACUCUAUCGUGACUUUGGAAAUCAUCAUGUUACUGCAAAAGAUGUAGUGGAUGUAUCAGUUGGUGUAGAGGAAGAUGAAUUAGAGGCUGCCACUCCCAUACUUGGGAACGUUCCUGUAUUUGAAACAACACCACAGUCAAUAGAACAAUGUUUAAUAGUGCAGAAAUUAGAAGAUCAAAUUAACGUGUUAAACAAUGAGAAAUGGUCUUUGAUGGAAAAAAUCCAAAAGCUUGAGAGUGAAAUAGAUUUCCUCAAGAAUGAAAACUUUGCUGUUUCAACAGUUUAUGAUAUAGCUCCCCACCCUUCUCUAGAACAAGUGCCUCUCUCGGUCUCAGAGGACAACGGACGGUACUUGGAUAUCAAGAGCUCUGAGAAUGACAAUAAACAUGGAAACACUGAGGAAACAAGCCUUUCUGUAUCAUCUGAAGUGGAUUCUAUGACUUCUAAAGAUGAUACACUAAAUUCUGUGCCCUGUAAAGAAAGAGAGAAAAUGUCCUCUUGUGUUCCAUCAACUAAGGCUACAGUCCACUUUGAUAAACCUAAUAGGAAAUUGUCAGGAGCUUUCCAUCAAGCACUACUGUCUUUCUGUCGGAUGUCAGCAGACAGCCGUUUGGGAUCAGAGGUGUCUCGGAUUGCAGACAGUGAAAAAAGUGUCAUGUUAAUGUUGGGACGCUGCCUGCCUCACAUUGUUCCUAAUGUACUACUAGCGAAGCGAGAGGAAUUGAUCCCACUCAUACUGUGUACAGCCUGCCUCCAUCCUGAACCCAAAGAGAGAGAUCAGCUUCUACACAUACUGUUCAAUUUGAUCAAACGACCAGAUGAUGAGCAAAGACAGAUGAUACUGACUGGGUGUGUGGCGUUUGCCCGACAUGUUGGACCAACGCGUGUAGAAGCUGAGCUUUUACCACAGUGUUGGGAACAGAUCAACCACAAAUACCCAGAGAGGCGGCUACUGGUAGCAGAAUCCUGCGGAGCUCUAGCACCUUACCUUCCUAAAGAAAUUCGUAGUUCAUUAGUACUUUCCAUGCUUCAGCAAAUGCUAAUGGAAGAUAAGGCAGAUCUGGUGCGAGAAGCUGUGAUCAAAAGCCUUGGCAUCAUCAUGGGAUAUAUUGAUGAUCCAGACAAAUAUCAACAGGGUUUUGAACUGCUGCUUUCAGCUUUAGGAGACCCUUCAGAACGUGUAGUUAGUGCAACACAUCAGGUAUUUUUACCUGCUUAUGCUGCCUGGACUACAGAACUGGGAAAUUUACAGUUCCAUCUUAUACCUACGCUGCUUAAUAAGAUUGAAAAAUUGCUCAGGGAAGGAGAACAUGGCUUGGAUGAACAUAAACUCCACAUGUAUCUAUCUGCUUUGCAGUCGCUGAUUCCUUCACUGUUUGCACUGGUGUUACAGAAUGCACCUUUCACAAGCAAAGCUAAACUUCAGGGUGAAGUGCCACAGAUAGAAGUGACUAGAUUUCCCCGACCCGUAUCACCUCUUCAGGAUGUGGCAACCAUCCUUGGAAGCCGUGAGCAAUUAGCAGUGCUGUUGCAACUUUAUGACCAUCAGCUGGAACAUGAGGGUACCACAGGAUGGGAGACUUUGCUAUGGGUUGUCAAUCAACUGUUACCACGGCUUAUUGAAAUAGUUGGCAAGAUCAAUGUAGCCUCAACUGCCUGUGUCCAUGAAUUCUCUAGAUUUUUCUGGCGGCUUUGUAGGACAUUUGGGAAAAUUUUUACGAACACUAAGGUCAAACCACAGUUCCAGGAAAUCUUAAGACUGUCUGAAGAAAACAUAGAUUCCGUAGCAGGUAAUGGAGUGCUGACAAAAGCCACAGUUCCCAUCUAUGCAACAGGGGUCCUUACAUGUUAUAUUCAGGAAGAAGACCGCAAACUGUUAGUUGGAUUCUUAGAAGAUGUAAUGACCAUGCUUUCACUAUCCCAUGCUCCUCUUGAUAGCCUGAAAGCUUCUUUUGUGGAACUGGGUGCAAACCCAGCAUAUCAUGAGUUGCUGUUAACUGUCUUAUGGUAUGGAGUUGUCCAUACUUCAGCUCUUGUUCGAUGCACAGCUGCUAGAAUGUUUGAGCUGACUCUUCGAGGCAUGAGUGAAGCCUUAGUUGACAAGCGGGUUGCUCCGGCCCUUGUUACCUUGUCCAGUGAUCCUGAAUUUUCAGUGAGGAUUGCAACAAUUCCUGCCUUUGGGACCAUCAUGGAAACAGUUACUCAGAGAGAGCUUCUGGAAAGAGUAAAAAUGCAGCUGGCUUCUUUCCUGGAAGACCCUCAAUAUCAAGACCAACAUUCUCUACAUACAGAAAUCAUAAAAACAUUUGGAAGAGUUGGACCUAAUGCUGAGCCCAGAUUUAGAGAUGAGUUUGUUAUUCCACACUUACACAAGUUAGCCUUGGUCAACAACCAGCAGUCUGUGGAUUCCAAGAGACUGGACAUUGCUACCCACCUGUUUGAAGCCUACAGCGCUCUUUCCUGUUGUUUUAUUUCAGAGGAUUUAAUGGUCAAUCACUUUUUGCCUGGACUUAAGUGUUUACGAACUGACAUGGAACAUCUCUCACCAGAGCAUGAGGUUAUUUUAAGCUCCAUGAUAAAAGAGUGUGAACAGAAAGUGGAAAACAAGACCGUCCAAGAACCGCAGGGCUCAAUGUCAAUUGCAGCAAGCCUUGUGAGUGAAGAUACAAAGACCAAGUUUUUGAACAAAAUGGGCCAGCUGACUACAUCAGGUGCCAUGUUGGCUAAUGUGUUUCAGAGGAAGAAGUAAGAUGGGAAAAAGAAUUCCCAGCUAACACUAAGAAGGACCUCACAGAGACUGAUUCCUGUACUUGAAGUACUUGCCUUUUAAUUUCUUCUGUCUUAUGUUCUUGUAGUAUAAUUUUAUUCUAACCUCCAAAGAUAUUUGCACUGCUUUUGAAUAUUGCUGUGUAUCUGUUAAUUUUGGGUUAACUGUGGUUGAUACAAAACUGAAAUCAUAGUCUGUACCAAGUCCCUGUUCUGUGUUCUUGUCUUUCCAGCAUAAUUUUUUUUAUAUAGUGGAAGAUUUUUUUUCUUUUUCUGACAAGAUAUCAGCAAAUAUCUGUAUUAUACUUGGAACUAUUAUGACGGUACUUAAAAUAAUGUAAAUUUGAAGUCAGUGUCAUGAAGUAAUAAAAGUGGAGAUUACUUAUGUAUUUAAAUUAUGAGAGAGUAAUGCAGAUUUUUUUUAUUAUGUUUCUAAGAAGAAGAGGAAGAGCCACCAGCAUUUGUCUGUGCUUCUAGGAUUGUUUUUGUAAGUACUGUGCAUCUUGAAUCCAGAGGAAUUGCAGCAUCUAAUGUAUGAGACUGCUUGCACUGCAUCAGUCUGCAGGGAAUACUUACUUUUCAGAUGCUUUAUGCUUACGUUGUAAAUGCUGUACAAAAUCCUUCAGAUAAAAUUUUCACAUCUAUUGUGAUUUUUGAGGGAUUUUUUGUUGGGUUUUUGUUUUAUUUUAAAGCACUUUAACAACUAGUCUACAUAUUCUGAGGCACAUCCACUAAGUAAAGGAAAACAGAUGUUCAAUGGAUAAACAUUAACAAAUGUAUAAGCGGCAGCAAAGGGGUCCCAAUACCUUAUGCAAGAGAAAGUGGUUUCACCCUGCACACGUUGUGCAGCUCUGUGUGCUGUGACAGUUAAAAUUAAGAGGUUUUAUUGUUUACAUUGAAUCCCAAUUCAAAUUUCAUUUCAGAAUAUCUGAAGUUAUGUUAAUGGAGUUUGAUGUGCAGUUUCUUUAAAAUGUUAAGUAGACUGCCCUACAUACUUUAUAAAAACAGCUUUACAAGGAGUAUCUACAACAAAAAGAAUAUUUUUGUUAGCAAGGAAGCAUUAAACAAGCCAAUCCUAUUAUUCUUAGGGAACACUUUUUUCUUUUUAUCAAUAUAAACUUCUGAAAGUAAAUUCAAGUGCAGGCAUAAACUACUAACAGGUGGUAAAAUAUAAAAGGUCAGGCAUUCUCUGACGCAGUACCAUUGAGUUGGAAGUAUUAACAUCUUUAAGGAUAGGGAAAGCAAACGAAGUGAGGGAGGAAAGGAUAAGCUUCUGCAACAGAAGGUGGGUAGUAGCACUUCAGAUGUUUCCCUUAAGUAGAAAUAAUGGAUAUAAAUUUGAAGCUGCUAAUUGCUUUGUGUCUUUGCCUAUUGGCUGUGCAUAUACAGUUGCCUGUCACGUUCAUGUUGUGAAGGGGCCUGCUGCACACUCACACACUAUCAGCCUCUUUACACUGCAUGGAAACAUGUUUCUUGAGAUGGCACACAGUUCCAUGCCUUCUUGUUGCUUGUUACCAUGAAGUGACUAUACUUUUAGCAGACUGACUGUGAAACGGAGACAUUCCUGAGGAAUGGGAAGUGGUGACUUUCCUCUCUAUUGUUCUGUUGUCAAUAAAAAGUUCUGUAUA